CUUCUUCCUUCCAAGGGACGCACGGACCGCUCGCCCGGCUCCCGCACCCGCUUCGCAGAUGUUUGCCAAGACUAAUAUAGCUGAUGAAAUACUUACUCUUUUCUGCUUAAGAGGCUGGUUUAAUUGAUUUAUUUUUCCUGUAAGCGUGAGAAGUCAAAAAGUCAAUUUUUCAUAAUUAAAGGUAAUCGUUUUGGUAGUCAACGACAACAUCCAUUUGACUUUGGUUAUUCAAUAUGCAGAGCAGACAAGGAUAUUGCAGCUAUUGCUGUGUGCGCUAUACUAAUUUGGAACAGGUUUAAAACAAUAAUUUUUGGACAUUUGGAUACUCCUGUACUAAACUGACAUUUAAAAAGACUCUGUUGAUGACAGCCAAGCAUAUGUCCAGUGCUCAGCACAGAUACUUGACCACACAGAAUAGACAACGGAUGGGUACCAGUAGCUUGAUGGAACGUUUCUUGCAGGAUGUACUGCGACACCACCCGUAUCAUUAUCAGGAGAGCAGAUCAAGGCAAAAUGAGAGACUUCUUAGGAAUACUGCACCAUCUUCUGAAGUGGUUCCUAUUGAUGAUUCUGUUCCUGAAGAAAUGGCCGAUGAUGCUACUGGAGUCAGAGGAGAGAUAGCCACCAAAAGUUUUGAACCUCUUGAAGAGUUAUAUUCUAGACCUAGUAAAUCUCAAGAAUAUACGCAGGGUGUUCCAGUUAGACCAUCAGUUAUUCAAAAGUUGGAGAAGGGGCAGCAGCAGCCCUUGGAGUUUGUUUAUAAAAUUGGGAGUGGCUUGAAAGAAUUUAAUCCAGUAGGUAUUGGUCAAACUACAAAUAACAGACAAAACUUAUUAUAUCCCUCAGUGAUUUCUACUGCUCCUGCUAGUCGUUUAGCUGAAAGUUCUUACGAUCGACCAGUUACAACUAAUAGUACUAGGUUACCACUAGCAGCCCAUUCGGAUUCAGUUAUCAAAUGUGACCCAAACAAAGUUGACAGAUAUCUUGAACAGCGAGACAGGGGCUCUAGAAAUCCUAUGUUCUCAUCCCAUCUAGCAGCUUCUUCAGUUAUAUGUCAGAAAUCUAAAGAAUCAAAUAGGAAAUCUGGAUUUAUAAAGUCAGAUAAAUUGAGAAUUCAGGAAGAUGUAAAAUCUCGGGGUAAAACUUUGUCAACUGGCUUUAAACCUCAUGAAUGUGAGGGUACUGCAGGCUCCUUAAAAUUUGAAUCUCUUUACAAAUCUGCAGUAAACCCAGCAGUCAACCUAAAUAAAACUGAUACACCGUCUAAUAAGAGAAUCUUUGAAGAUGCCAUUCCUAAGCACCAUGAGAAAUUCUUUAAUAUGGAUCGUAACCAAGAAGUAAAGCAUUUGGUUUUUAAGAAGUCAGCCUUUUUGGGACAGAAGAGCUCAGCGAGUUCCGAAAUGGAGUUUGCUUGUAGCUCUCCUCAGUCAGUGUCUGACCAACAAGACGAGGCUGUACGAGACCUUUGGAGUGAGGAGCAAAUUGACCAAGAAAAUAAGAACUAUGAAUCAAGAGGUUCUGAAAUGAGUUUUGAUUGCAGUUCCUCUUUUCACUCACUAACUGGCCAAUCUAAAGUGACUACCAAAGAAAUACACCUUUCAAAGGAAGUACAUGCUGCUUUGCAGCCUAAGAGUAAUAAAUCUUAUGUUUCUGAAGUAAGUUCUGAUUGUGAUGGCCCGCUUCAGCUGGCUACCAACCGAACUCAAGUAAUCGUUAAAGGCAUUAGUGUUCAGAAGGCAGUACCUAUUAGCCUGGUUGAUGAAUGCUAUGAUUCUAGUGAUUCUGAGAUGAAUUUUGAUUGUGAUACCUCACUUCAGUCAACUGAUGACUACCCUCAACAGCCUGCAAAAGAAGUAGACCUUCCUAAUGGGGCACACAUUGACUUGGUUGAUAAGAACUAUGGAUCUAGUGGUUCUGAAAUAAGUACUGAUUCUAUUUUUCCACUUCAGUCAGUUGAACAACUCCCUGUGGCUGUCACAGAAACAGAACUUCAGAAGAGUGUUCACAUUGGCUUGGUCGAUAUGAACUAUGGAUCGAGUUGUUCUGAAACAAGUUUCGAUUCUGAUGUUUCUCUCCAGUCAGUAGUUGUCCAUCCCCAGCGGGCUGGCAAAGAGUCAGUAGUUGUCUAUCCCCAGCUGGCUGGCAAAGAAAGAAACCUAAAAGAUAGGCAUGUCUACCUGAAAGAUGAGACCCAUAGAUCCAGUAGUGCUAGAGCACAUUUUGAUUGUGAGCUCUCUGUUGAGACAGUGACUCAUGAACCUCAGAGGGCUGUUGAAGAAAUAAAUCUUCUGAAAGAGAAGAAUGACCUUGUGGAUAUGAACUGUGAAUAUUAUGGUUCUGAAAUGAGUUUUCACACUGAUGCUCAGUUAGUGGCUGACCAACCCCAAGUAGCGGGUCAGGAAGUAAAACCUCAAGAAGUAGCUACUGACCUACAGAAUAAGAGUGCUAACUCUAGCGUUUCUGAUCUAAGUUUUGAUUCUCAUGCUUCUCUUUAUCAGUCAUCUAAGGAACCUCUUGGAACUCUGAGUGAUAUAAAUCUGAAGGAGUUAAGUGUUGACAUGGAAGUUAGGAGCAAUGGAUGCUCCAGUUCUGAGUUGACUUUUGAUUCUGAUCCCCCUGUUCUGUCAGUUACUAAACAUUCUGAGCUGGAUGUUGAAGAAAUAAGAAAAAAGCACAUUAACCUGGAAGACGAAAGCUAUGGGUCAAAUAGUUCUGAAAUAACUUUUGAUUCUGAUAUUCCUCAUUGCUCAGUAGUUGACCAGUCUCGAGCAGCUAUCUAUGGGGAGGAACCUAUUGGUUUGCGAUAUAAGGGUAAUGAAUCUUGUGUUUCUGAAAUAGCUUUUGAUUCUAAUAAACCUCUUCAUUCAGGUACUGAUCACCCUGGAGUAGUUAGAGAAAUAAUUAUUCAGAAAGAAAACUAUGUCAACUUAGGGAAGACAAAUAAUGAAUCUCUUGGUUCUGAAAUAAGGUUGGAUUCUUAUGCCCCUCUUCAUUCAGUGACAAAUCCUCCUGAAGUAGCUGUUAAAAGGUUAAAUCUUCAAGAAGAACAGGUAUACUGUGAAGGUAAGGAAAAUGAACCUACUGGUUCUGAGUUAAGUUUGAACUAUAAUAUUUUUCAUUCAGUAAUUGGACAUUCUGCAGAUGUCAUUAAAGAAAGACACCUUCAGAAAGAAGAACAUGUACACUUAGAAAACACAGAUAGUGGAUCUCGUGUUUCUGAAAUGAAUUUGAAAUCUUAUCCUUCUCAUCUAGUGACCGAUCGUCCUGACAUAGCUGUAAAAGAAAUAAACCAUCAAAAAGGAGACCACACAAACAUAGAACAUAAGGGGAGUGAAUUAAGUGUUUCUGAAAGAGGUGUGAAUUUUCGUAUCCCUUUUCAAUCAGUGAUUCACAAAACUGCAGCAGCUGUUAAAGAAAUGUGGCUUCAGAAAGAAAAGCAACUUAAAUUCAAAGACAGAAGUGUUAAAUACAGUGGUUCUGAAAUAACUUUAGGUUCUGAUGGCCCUCAUUAUUCAGUGGCUGAACCUGAAAUAGCUGUUAAAGAAAGAAAGGUUCAGAAGGAAGAACAUGUUUUAGAAAACAGCAGUAACAAAAGUAGUGGUUCUGAAAUAAAUUUAAAUUCUCAUGUCCUUCCUCAGUCAAUGACUGGAAAGCCUCAAAUAGCUGUUUUGAAGGAGGACCAUGUUGACCCAGAAGAUGAAAAUACUGAAUCAAGAGGUUUUGAAAUAAAUUUUCAUGUUGAUACCCCUCGUCCUUCAGUCAUUGACCAGUCUCGCGUAGCUCUUUUGAAGGAAAAACAUGUCGAUCUGGAAGGCACAAACAGAGAAUCCAGUGUUUAUAAAGUACGUUUUGAUUCUAAUGACCUUCUUCAGCCAUUGACUGAACAAUUUCAGGAAGUGGUUAAACAAACAAACAUGUGGAAGGUAGAGGAUAUUGGCUUGGAAAAUAAAGUCGAACCUAAUGGUUCCAAAUUAAUACAGGAUUCUGAUGUUUCUCUUCGGUCUUUGCCUGAUCAACCUGAAACAGCUGCUAAACAAAUAAACCUUGAGAAUGAAGGUCGUGUGUAUUUCGAAGACAAUAACAGCCGAUACAGUAGUUCUGAAAUGAGUUUGGAUUCUGAUUACUUGGCUCAGUCAGUAGUUGAUCAAUCUCAAGUAACUAUUUUGGAGAAGCAGCAUAUUGAGCUAGAAGAUAAGCACAAUCAAACUUGUGGUUCUGAAAUAAGUUUUGAUUCUGAUGACCCUCUUCAGUCAGUGGCUGACCAGCUUAGAGAAACUGUUAAAGAAAUAAGCCUUUGGAAGGAUGAAGAUGUGGAAGAUAGGGGAGAUAAAUCUCAGGGCUUUGAAAUUAUGUAUGAUUCUAAUGUCCCUUUUCAGUCAGUGGCUGGCCAAACUGAGGAAGUCAUUAAGGAGAUCAACCUUUGGAAGAAGCACGUAGACUUGGAAGGUAAGAUUGUCAAACUCAGUGAUUCUAAAAUAAAUUUUGUUUCUGAUGGACCUCUUCAGCCUGUGACCAAUGAAAUUCAAGAGGCUACUACACAAAUAAAUCUCGUAAGGGAGGGACAUAUCUGUCUGGAUGACAAAGACUAUGAACCCAAUGAUUCCGAGGUAAUUUAUGUUUCAGAUGUCCCUCUUCAGUCAGUGGUUGAGCACUCACAUGUUUUGGAAGAUGAUCAUGUCAAUUUGGAAGAUAAGAGCAAUGACCCUUGUCCUGAAGUAAGCUUUGCUUCUGAUGGCCCUCUUCAGUCUGUGGCUGACCAGCUCCAAAAAGCUGUUAAAGUAAUAAGCCUUUGGAAGGAAGACCGCAUUUACCUGGGAGACAAGAGCUAUAAACUAGGUGAUUUUGAAGUAAGUUAUGAUUCCGAUGUCCCCUUAGUGGCAGAUCAACCUCCCGUAGUUGUCAAACAAACAGACUUGCAAAAGAAAGAUCAUAAUGACCUAGAAAAUAAGAACUGUGAACCUAGUGUUUCUGAAAUAAAAUGUGAUUCUGGUAUUCAUCUUCAGUUGGAAGUCGAUCACCCUCAAAUGGUUUGCAAAGAAAUAAACCUUCAGAGGAUAGCGCAUCUUGGCAUGGAAGAAAAGACUAGUGAUUCUGAAGUAAUGUCUGAUUCUGAUGUCCCUCUUCAAAUCGUUGUUAAUGAAUUUCAAGUGUCGGUCAAAGAAGCGAAUCUUCAAAAGAUGCUGCUUGUGGACCUGGUGACCAGUGAUAGUGAUUGUGAAAUGAUUUCUGAUUCCGGUAUCCCUUUUCAGCCAGUGAUUGACUCACCUCAAAUGACUGUUGAAGGAAUUGACUGUAUAAAUGCAAAAAGUUUUGAUCUAGAAGGUGAGUGCUAUGACUGUUGUGAUUCUGAAUUAGGGUAUGUUUGUGAAGCGUCUCCUCGAUCAGUGUCAAACCAAUCCAAAAAGACUUUUAAAGUAAUAAACCAGAAGAAAGACUAUAUUAUUCUGGAAGAGUCAGGCUGUGAAUCUUAUGGUUCUGAAAUAAAUUUUCAAAUUGAUGACACUCAUCAGUCCUUGGAUUGCCAAUCGCCAGGGUCUGAUAAAAAAGUGAUCAGCUAUAUUGACCCAGAAGAUAAAAGCUGUGAACCUAAUAGUCCUAAAAGAAAUUUUAAAUGGGAAGAUACUUCUCAGCCAGUGACUCAUCAUCCAGAAGAAGUCAACUUUUGGAAAGAUCUAGAAACCACUGGCCCAAAAGAUAAGAACUGUGAAUGUAGUGUUUCUGCAGUGGAUUGUAAUGCUUCUCCCGAGUCAGCAAUUCUUCAAAUGGCUGAUGAAGACAACCUUUUGAAGUUAAAAUGUACAGAAAGUAUGAGCUGUGAACCUUGUGGUUCUGGGAUGAAUUUUCAGUGUGAUCCCUCUUUUCAGUCUGCCACUGACCAGCCUCAGGAAGCUGUUAAUAAAGUAGACUUAUUUAAGAAAAUAUCUGUUGAUGUGAAAGAAACGAAGCAUGAUUCCCGCUCAAGCUCAGUUGCCAAGGUUGAUCCUGUAAAGAACCGGAAGAAAGCAAAGGGGGUCGUAGAAGAUAAUACUGAUGAACCCGUUCUUGAAGCCUUGCCUCAUGUCCCUCCUUCAUUUGUGGGGAAAACGUGGUCUCAGAUAAUGAAAGAAGAUGACAUGAAAAUUAAUGCUCUCGUGAAGGAGUUUAAGGAAGGUCGUUUCCACUGUUACUUUGAUGAUGACUGUGAGACCAGGAAAGUAAAAAAAAAAAAUUUGAAUGAAGAAAAAAAGAUUACCUCGGCUGACCUUAAUGACACUGCAUUAAUUCAAGUUCUAUUAGACUGUGAUGAUAUUAUUGAUGACUUUUCAGUAGCCUUAGAUAAACCUAGCCAUCAUCCCACAGAAAAGAGGCCUUAUGAACAAACAUGGCGAGUGGCUUCUCGAUGUCAGGCUGUGAAAGUUAGCCAUGGAACUCAAACCAAUCUCAUGAGUUACCUAGUGACGAAAGGAAUAAAUGGACAAGAAGAAGACUCGCCAAGGAAGCGUUUACUUUUACACAAUGACACAAAACCAAAAAAAAUCAAAAUUGGAACAGUCGAAUUUCUUGAAUCAUGUACUAACAUUUUGAAGCCUUUGCACCCCAAUGCCUUAGUCUACGUUCUUUCUUCAAAUAUUAAGCUGAAGGAAGGAGAUUCCUUCAACUUCUCUAAAAUGAGGCACUGCAGUGAUAAAAAUCAGGAUUUUAGCAUACAGUGCAAAUAUAAACAGAGUUCCUUUAAUUACGACCUAUUGAGUAAACAAAUUGUAAUUAAUCCUCCUCUGAACAUAGAAGUACCAGAGUCUGACAGGAACAACUGGGUUCAAAUUCAUUUUAGUGACCUAAACUCCAGCGCAGGAGACAACGAUGCUCAUGUACAAAGCUCUGCUACAAUACCUUUUAUGACACUGUCGGUAAGACAUGAAUUAAUGUCACACCCGGGGGCCAGUGGAUCUUGUGUGUUUCUGGAAAAAGCAGAGAUCUUGAAUUCUAGUGAUGAUAUACAGGAAAGUAAAUUCCAGUUAACUCUUUUAAAUGAUGAUGUCAAGAUCUCGCCAAAAUCGGUUAGAAAUAAGUCUUUAGAAAGUAAAAAGAAAAUUCGGAGAAGGAAGAUGACAAAUAAUAAACCAGGAUUUCUCAAAAAAGUUCACAGACCAAUUAUUCUCCAGCAAAAAACCAGAAUCACUUCAGAAAAACAGUCAAUUUGGAUUCAGACCAAACCAAAUGAUAUAAUCAGAAAGUAUCUUUCAAAAUACUCCAUGUUUUUGCGUCGUAAAUAUCAGUCCAGGAGCGCUUUUAUUAGUAUGCAUCGUAAGAAGAAAAAACCUGAUGUCAGUAGGUUAAAGGAGGUGCAGAGACCGGCCAACAUGCUUUCAAACUCAGUUCCAUCAGCUGGUGGUGAAGAGCAGUUAAGAGCUAUAGCGAGCUCUUCUCCCAAGCAACCUUUGCAGGAUUCUUCCAGCAAGGCAGGAAAUAAGAAGAGUGGUAAUAAAAAGAAACCUAGAAAGAAAAAGAGGCGUCCUAAACCUGUUAAAAUAUAUGAUUUGAGAAGUUUAUAUUCUCAGGUGCCAUAUUCGGAUAGAAUGAUGACUCGGCUAUUACACAAAUUGUUACUUAGUAAGGCACACUAGAAUUGUUUGUGUUAAAGCUAGAUGACGAUUCAGAACUUUAAUUGAAAAAUAUUUGGUACUUAGUGCUCAUGGCUCUCCCAACUUUGGCAAAAAAAUUAAACUUCAACUAUUUUGCUAUAGACAUCAUUUUCAGAACUUUUAUAUUUUAAAAUUAGUGUUUAAGGUCUUUUUUUUAAGAUUCAAAAGACCCUUUGUCCAUUUGCUACAGAAGAGCUUCAUCUUAAUUUGUCACAUAAUUUAUCAGUAUAUAUGCUUUUCUCCCUCAAGUCAUGUCCCUUUUUAUUUAUUUUUUAUGGUUGUAUCAUGUCAGCAGGUUAUAAUAUUACAAGAAUGGAUAUGGCAAACCGCUAUCUUUUUACUUUUUAAAAAUUGGAACAAUGAAUAUGUACUUAUUUUCAGUGUGUUUCAGAGUGGCAUUGUCAAUAUUUGUGUUCUAACUGGAUAAUUAAAAAGAAGAAACUGGCUCAACUUUUAAGUUGAGAUGACUUAAUACCAAACAAAAUAUAAUUUACCUGUCUUUUAAAAGCAUUCCAGAGAAUGAGAUUCCAUAAUCUUUAAUCCAGUUUUUUAAAACUGCCUGUUGAUUUUAUAUACGUAACACAAACUUCUGCUUUAUUUAAAACGGAUCUGCAAGUGUCUGACUUUCCACAUUUGGACACAUGCACGUAUACAAUCUCUGUAAUAUACAGUCUCUGUUUUUCUUUAGCAUUAUUAUAUCUUAAGGGGAAAAUGAUCUUGCCGGUGUGACCGUACUUUUGUACCACCUUUAUUCCCUUCUACCACAAGGGUUGGUGGUUUAAUACGAAAAUCCAGGUUAUCUUAUGGCCUCAUCUCUUAAAAAUAUUCUAGAUACUACCGUAUUUUUCAAUUGCUUGAACUGAAAUUAUUGGUUUGGUAAUUUGGACAGACAAUUAAUUGUCAUUAACGAAUUAUUUAUAAUCUUUAUAUUUGAAAAGAUCUAAUAAAGCUGACAA